AUGACGAUCGAAACAGGAUCUGGCAUCGCAUUGAUUGGGGCCGUUGAUCGGUCCUCCUCAGAACAUCUUCCGGCAUUGAUUGUCAAUCACGCCAACUUGGUUGCUAUCUACUCCCGUUCUAAAAGAUCCGCACAAGCACUCCUCCAGGUAGCUGAGUCUCAGGGGUCUAAUGCCUCGAAUAUCACUAUCUAUUCCGAUGACGGUGGGGAUAACAACCUCGAAAAUCUCCUAAACCGAGCCGAUGUUGCCGCGGUGAUAAUUUCGCUUCCCAUUCUGGUUCAGCCAGACGUGGUUAGGAAGUGCCUCGCUGCGGGGAAGCAUGUUCUUAGUGAGAAGCCUCUUGCCAAAGACUACGAGACCGGUGCUGCGUUGGUCUCCGAAUAUGAGACCAAAUACGCCCCCAAGGGUCAGGUAUUCAUGGUUGGUGAGCAAGUCCGCUACAAUGUCGGUCUCUCCAAAGCUCGCCAACUAAUUCAGUCUGGAAACAUCGGCGAGCUAACGGGUAUACAUGCCCGCGUGUGGGCUGCAAUAAAACCAGGAAACAAAUUCUAUGAGACAAAAUGGCGAAACCCCCCAGGAUAUCAAGGAGGUUUUAUCCUUGAUGGAGGAAUCCACUUUGUUGCGUUGAUCCAACAUGUUGCUGGUCAAGAGAUCACCGAGACGAAGAGUUUCACGAAGCAGAUCGCUACCCAUUUGCCGCCAAUGGAUACGAUCAAUGUAGCAUUACAAUGCCGCAAUGGUGCCCAAGGAUGCUUUAGUAUCUGCCUAGCAUCAAACAAAACAGUGUCUGAGUUCCUCUUUAUGGGAACUGAUGGAACCCUCACUAUUCAAAUCAUGGCAACUGAAGCAACUUUCCCCGACCAAUUCAUGGGGAAAAUUGCGCUAAAACUGGAGGGGAAAAUGCAGCUGGAAGAAAGCAUCGAUGGUCAUGCUAUGAAGGAAGAAAUCAAGGCUUUUCUUCAGGCAAUUUCUCACAGUUCCGCGCAUUCCCAACAUGGAUUAAGGGAAGCGCUCUCUGAUCUAGCUGUUGUUGAAAGCAUUUGCUCUGGGGGAGGUAUUGUUUCAACACCAUGA